ACUUCAUAGGCGGCAGGACAUCCGCGCUCAUGUUUACUGGUUUAUUGUUUUUAUUUCCGCGCAUGUUCCUUGUUAGCAGCACAGGCGCAGCUGGCACGAAUUUACAGAUGGGCAUAUGUUUUCUACUGCAUUCUGAAGUGCUGUACAUUUGAAAAACCAAGAAGAAAGGCAAAAGACGCGAAGCAUUGUGGUAACUUACGACCCGCGUGCUGUGCAAUAGAUUCAGCACUUCGAGUCCACGUAUACCGAUUUCGACUUUGGGGUCAGAAAACAUAAUUGACAACCCAGCAUUGUACGAUGGCCAGCGACAUGAAAACUGUGUUCGUGACCGUUGGCACAACUUCUUUUGAUGACCUAGUCGCGACAGUAGUGUCAUCGCAUGUGCUUAACGUGUUGCGAAGCCAGGGGUACACGAAAGUGCUGAUCCAAGUCGGCAAAGGUAGAAGACCGAAACUGCAAACUUGCCUUGACCCAUCAGUUGAAUUCUACAGCUUCAAGGAUUCCAUAACGAGAGAUAUAAACGAGGCGUCUUUGGUAAUCAGUCAUGCAGGUGCUGGCAGCAUUCUUCAGGCCCUAAGAGCAGGAAAAAGGUUGAUAGCUGUUAUUAAUCAAGACUUGCUUGGGAACCACCAGAGCGAACUCGCAAGUCAGUUGCACAGCGAUGGCUACCUUAUGUACUGCACUUGCGAGGAUCUUCCAAAGACCCUGGAAGACAUGGAAUCAACUAGACAUCGAGCUUUCCCCGAACCACACUUGAAUCGUUUUCCGCAGCUUCUUGAUGGCAUAAUGGGAUGGACGUAUUGAGCACGUACUAGCACAGUGAAAACUGCGGGAUACUUCAUACUUUUCUGGUAUAAUUUGAACUACUAUAAGGCAGGGAUACUGUUAGACAUGCAUUUAUUCUUUUGUAAAUAGUCAUAUUAUCACCUUGUGUACAUGAAACACUGAAGAACAACGUCAAGUGCCCGAAAGUGAGUGAAUAAAAAAGAAAAAAUGUCGGAAAUUGAAGCAUUUUUGCCUAGUCAUGCCACUGGAAUGGCGUCUUCACAGUUCAGAAACUUGGUCAAAGUUUAGUACUUGGUCAAAUGUACGCUCCAGUCUGGUUGAGAAUAAAUCUACAAAGUGCUAUAACAUAA